AUGACACUUUUCAUAUCUAUCUAUGCAUUUAAGUCUUUUAAUAUCUAUCUAUCUAUCUAUCUAUCUAUCUCAGACAUUUCAUAUCUAUCUAUGCAUUUAAGUCUUUUAAUAUCUAUCUAUCUAUCUAUCUAUCUAUCUAUCUAUCUAUCUAUCUAUCUAUCACGAUCUAUUAAUAUAUGUGUUGAGCAAGGCGUAUCCAAUCUUUUAUCUAGCUGUCUGUCUGUCUGUCUGUCUAUCUAUCUAUCUGCUUCUGUUUAUCAUCUAUCUAUCUAUCUAUCUAUCUAUCUAUCUAUCUAUCUAUCUAUCUAUCUAUCCACGUCAGUCUACAUCUAUCUAUCUAUCUAUCUAUCUAUCUAUCUAUCUGUCUGUCUGUCUAUCUGCUUCUGUUUAUUAUCUAUCUGUCUGUCUGUCUGUCUAUCUGCUUCUGUUUAUUAUCUAUCUAUCUAUCUAUCUAUCUAUCUAUCUCCUUCUGUCUAUCUAUCUAUCUAUCUAUCUAUCUAUCUAUCUAUGUUAAUCUAUCUAUACUUUAAAUACUUCUUUCUUUCUUUCUUUAUUUAUUUCUUUCUUUCUUUCUUUUUUCUUUCUUUCUUUCUUUCUUUCUUUCUUUCUUUCUUUUUCUCACUGAAACCAACGAAAUACGCUGCCUCCACGACUUCCUCUGAUGUUCAAUGGCUUGGCAGUCGAGUAUACACCAAGAAUUGGGGGGAGAGAGAGAGAACAGGUUCAAAUGAAUCGCUUUUUCUUUUGCUUCAAAGUUAUUUGAAAAAUGAAAGAUUUUCGUACAUCAAUGGGAGUUGGUUUAGGGCCUCGCCACAUCUCCCCGCGUUUUAUAAAAUACACGCAAAUGCGAAGACGGUUGUUUAUCUAUCUAUCUAUCUAUCUAUCUAUCUAUCUAUCUAUCUAUCUAUCUAUCUAACUCACCUGUUAAUAUCUAUCUAUCUAGCUAUCUAUCUCAAUCUGUUCAUAUCUAUCUAUCUAUCUAUCUAUCUAUCUAUCUAUCUAUCUAUCUAUCUAUCUAUCUAUGUCCCUAUCUUUCUAUCUCAGCCUGUUAAUAUCUAUCUAUCUAGCUAUCUAUCUCAAUCUGUUCAUAUCUAUCUAUCUAUCUAUCUAUCUAUCUAUCUAUCUAUCUAUCUAUCUCAGCCUGUUCAUAUCUAUCUAUCUAUCUAUCUAUCUAUCUAUCUAUCUAUCUAUCUAUCUAUCUAUCUAUCUCAGCCUGUUCAUAUCUAUCUAUCUAGCUAUCUAUCUAGCUAG